UGUUAAAAAAAAUUCUCAAAAUUAUAUCCCCAAUCAGAAAUUUAGUUUUUCAUCUCCCCAGUAGAAAUCACUAUCGGGGGAAUAAAAUUAUUUGUUCAAUUUUUUAAUUGUUUACAUUUUUCAACUCUGUCUCUGUUAAAGGGCAAUUAUUUUCUAGCUUUUAACUCCGAAUGCUUCUAAUUUGCCUUACCGUAAUAAAAAGUACAAAAAAAUAAACAAAGAAAUAAUAAUAAAACAGCUGAUUUAAGUCUGCUUCACAUUUCUGGGAUUAUUAGGAAAAAAAAUAAAAAUAAAGUAAGGGAAAUAUCUGUAGAAAAAUUAAAAAGUCUUUAACAAAUUAAUUUCACGAAAAAGAUAAUGCAUACAGACCUAUCGCCGCAUUUACAUACACAGCAUUGUAAUCAGUUAAUAAACGAAUUAAAAAAGUGUCACGAGGAGAAUAACUUUUCCAAAUUCAUAGGAGCCUGUAACAAAUUUGAUUCAGCUGUCGUCAAGUGUCUUAAAAAGGAACGUAUAGCCCGUUCGGCAGCUAAUCGAGCUAAAGCGCGACAGAGGCAAGCAGAUUUAAAGAGCAGAGAAAAUCAAGCCUUUUAAGUUGACAAUUAUGGAUU